AAAACAACAAAAAUCCGAAAUCGCAAGCACAUUUAAAUUUUAGACCGAAAAAACAUUGAAGCGAUCAAGCGAAUUUAAAAAGUUUGAACCGACCUAAAUGUUGAUAAUUGUGGGCGGUGUAUGCCAUCAGGUUAUUAAUUUCACUAUUUGAAUGCUUUAAUCGUGUCAGUGAUCGUUUAUAAUGGCCGAACAAAUUCAGAAAAACGUUCAAACCGAAAUCGACGUACUGAAGAAAUAUGAGAAAGAAUACAAGACGCUGCAACAACAACGGCAACAAUUGGAUGGCCAGCUGAAUGAAAAUGAAGUGGUAAAAACCGAAUUAGAUUUCGUCAAAGACAAUGAAGAAGUAUAUAAAAUGAUCGGCAAGGUAUUAAUUAAGCAAGACUUGACCGAAGCUAAACAAAAUGUCGCCAAACGAAUGGAUUACAUUAAAGGAGAAAUCAAACGAAUUGAUAACGCUUCUACGGUAACCGAAAUGAAAUUGGAAGAUUGUCGAACAAAACUCACAAAACUACAGCAAGAAUUACAACAAUUGCAAGUAGGCAACGUUGGCAAAAAGUAAUCACAAGUUUUCGUUUCAUUUUCAUCAUUUCGCUUUGUGAUAUUUUUUGGUAUUUGUACCUAACAUAUUUAAUACUAAUGAAGAUGUUUCUUUUAAUUAAUGUAAUCAGCAGUUACUAAGUUAAAUAAUUAAUGUAAAAUAAAUUUUUCUAUGGCAAUUCA